AUGCAUCAACACGCGUCGGCCCGUGCCCCCAGCUGUGAUAACUUCGCCUGCCCCGGCUCCGACUAUCUCUGUCAGAUGUACGCCGGCGAGCCGAAAUGCGUGAAAAGGACCACGUGCGCCAACGCCUCGUGCCGGGAGGACCAGCGCUGCGUCAUCGAGCGCAACCUGGCGCGCUGCGAGCGGCUGUUGUCGUACACCUGCGACGACGUGGUCUGCGGCAAGUUGCGUGCCUGCUCCGUGCAGGAAGGUCGUGCCAACUGCUCGGAGGAGGGCGGCAAGGCGCGCUGCGUCACGCCCAAGCCGACCUGCGUCACGUUGAAGUGCGGUAGGGGCCAGGCCUGCACUGAGAGCGGCGGUGGGGCGCGCUGCUUCACGCCCAAGCCGACCUGCGCCACGCUCAGCUGCGGCCUGGGUCAGAAGUGUUCCGAGAGCAGCGGCGAGGCGCGCUGCUACACGCCGAUCCCGCCCAAGCCGACCUGCGCCACACUGCGCUGCAGCAGCGGUCAGAAGUGCUCCAUGUCGGACGGGAAGGCGCGCUGUGUCACCGCUCCGCCGGCGACGUGCUCGGAGCUGCGGUGCAGCGCCUGGCCAGACAUGCUCGGUCUCGGCUGUGAUAACUUCGCCUGCUCCGGCUCUGACUAUCUCUGUCAGAUGUACGCCGGCGAGCCAAAAUGCGUGAAAAGGACCACGUGCGCCAACGCCUCGUGCCGGGAGGACCAGCGCUGCGUCAUCGAGCGCAACCUGGCGCGCUGCGAGCGGCUGUUGUCGUACACCUGCGACGACGUGGUCUGCGGCAAGUUGCGUGCCUGCUCCGUGCAGGAAGGUCGUGCCAACUGCUCGGAGGAGGGCGGCAAGGCGCGCUGCGUCACGCCCAAGCCAACCUGCGUCACGUUGAAGUGCGGUAGGGGCCAGGCCUGCACUGAGAGCGGCGGUGGGGCGCGCUGCUUCACGCCCAAGCCGACCUGCGCCACGCUCAGCUGCGGCCUGGGUCAGAAGUGUUCCGAGAGCAGCGGCGAGGCGCGCUGCUACACGCCGAUCCCGCCCAAGCCGACCUGCGCCACACUGCGCUGCAGCAGCGGUCAGAAGUGCUCCAUGUCGGACGGGAAGGCGCGCUGUGUCACCGCUCCGCCGGCGACGGGCUCGGAGCUGCGGUGCAGCGCUGGUCAGACAUGCUCGGUCUCGGGUGGCCGUGCACGCUGUCAGGACAUCCCCGACGACUUCUGCGGGCUCGCGCGCUGCCAGCGUGGCCAGGCCUGCUCGAGGGCUGGCGCCGCGCCCCGCUGCGUGGCCUCCUGCAAGAGCAUCGGCUGCCCGGAAAACUCGUGCACCGUGCAGGGCGACGUAGCCACGUGCGGGAACUGCAACCUGAGGUGCCCGCCGGGUCGCGUCUGCCACAUGAUCGGCCCAUACGACCCCCGAAGCCUCCUCCUCACCGGCGCGCAGCCGCGCUGCGUCCGGCUCGGCACCGGCGCAGAGCUGGGGCUUAUUAUGUACUGA